AUGGAAGUCGAUGAAAUUGACAAAAAGGCUGAUCCGAAAACAGACAAAACGGAAACUAGACUGACUUUUUCAAUUGAUCGCCUUUUGUCGGACAAAUUUGAUAAAUGUGCUAAUGAAAGGAUUAAUGAAAUAGAGGCUGUUAUCAAGAACAAUGAGCAUGCAGGUGAUGCAGAUUUUUUCAAGGACUUUUGUGUUAGAGAACCAUCAGAUUGUUUAGACGAUGACGAUAAAGCAAGUAACAGUUCUGAACAAGUGGACGUGGAAAGUUCGAAUGCUGGUGAUACGCAUGAUGUCACGGAUGCCAAAUCUCCUGAUUAUCAACAACCAGGGCCGUCGACGUGUCGUGGUAAAAGAGCGCGGACGGCAUUCAGCGCUCAACAAAUUAAGAGCUUAGAGGCUGAAUUUGAGAAGAAUCGGUAUCUCUCGGUAGCGGCAAGGGGUAGGCUCGCCAGGCAGUUAAGGCUAACAGAAACGCAGAUUAAAAUAUGGUUUCAAAACCGAAGAACAAAAUGGAAGCGAAAAUACACUAAUGACGUCGAGCUCCUUGCACAACAGUAUUACAGUAGCUUAGGCAUAGUCACGCCAAGACCAAUGUUUCUUCAGAUGAAGCAACAAUUAACUGAUAGCAAUAGUUUGCUGGCUAAAGUUAAAAAACACCUAAAGAAAAGUGAAAAUCAAAUCUCCAACGAAGGACCGAACAUGGCUAUCAAAAAUGAAAUAGACUGGGAAAGCAUUUCCAAUCCCAUAUUACCCGUUCUCGUGAUUGCUUGCGAUAGAAUCACAGUGAAGCGAUGUCUGGACAACUUGGUCAAGUUCAGACCGAACAAGGAGACAUUCCCUAUUAUCAUAAGUCAAGACUGCGCCCACAACGCUACAUUCCACGUCAUAAAGAGUUUCACCGAGAUCGACCCCACCAUAAUGUUGGUGCAGCAGCCUGAUCUCUCGGAGAUCCAGCUCCCCAGGGCCAAGGUCAAGUUCAGGGGCUACUACAAGAUUGCAAGGCACUACCGGUUCGCUUUGAACCACGUACUGAACACGCUGAGGCACGACGCCGUUAUAAUCGUCGAAGAUGACCUAGACAUAUCACCAGACUUUUUCGAAUAUUUCCUGGGCACAUAUCCGUUGCUCCAUAAGGAUCCUAGCAUAUGGUGCAUAUCGGCGUGGAACGACAACGGCAAGAGGGAGGUGAUAGACCUGUCCAGGCCGGAACUGCUGCACAGGACGGACUUCUUUCCGGGACUGGGCUGGGUACUGCGCAGGGAGACGUGGCAACAGCUGGAACCAAACUGGCCCGAAGCGCCGGAGAUCUCUCGCACCUACUCCUUCGGGAAGAUCGGCGUGAGCAAAGGACUCUUCUUCGAUAACCACCUCCGGUACAUGCAUCUUAAUACCGACUUUGUGGAGUUCACAAAGCUCAACCUGACGUAUUUGCUCAAGGACGUGUACGACGAGGCGUUGGCGUCGACAGUGUAUUCGCUCCCGGCGAUGUCCGCCGAGGAGGUGAUAUCGAACGCGGGCCGCGAGGCCGUGCGCGUCUCCUACACCAACGCAAAGACCUACCAGAAGGCGGCCAAGAAGCUAGGUCUAAUGGACGACUUUCGGAGUGGGAUACCGCGUACCGCUUACCGUGGCAUAGUGACGUGCUUCGUCCGCGGCCGGCGAGUAUAUCUUGCCCCGGACUACCCCUGGGCCAAAUAUGACCCUUCAUGGGGG